CUCAAUCGGUUGACAUUGCAACAGUUAGCAGCAGUUAGCUGCCGAUCGACGCCGAGGUUUGGCCCGCCCGGCCUUUCCGUGGAGCUGUGCGGGUCAUGUGGGCCACGUGGCUCGCGUCCCGGCGGCCGUUGCAGUCGGCCGUCAGAGGGGUCGGAACCGUCAGAAGAGUCCGAACCGUCCGAACCGACCUCUUCAACCACAAGGUUUCCCAGCAGGUCUCUGCCAUCAGCAGGCCUUGUGCGGUCCACUUGACAACAACAUCCCAGCGCACGCUACACUUGGGCACACAGGUGCACAAUGUGAAGGAGACGCCGGCGCCCACGGAGGAGGAAGUUGGCGGUUUCACCAAACUGAUUGAAGCCAUGGGCUUCACGGGACCCCUCAAGUACAACAAAUGGAAAAUCAAGAUUGCGGCAUUGCGCAUGUACACGUGCUGCGUGGAGAGGAUCAGCUACGACGACUUCUUCAACAGGUGCUCGCUGCCCGACACGCUCAACUCGUGGUUCCUCGUCGCACAGCUGCAUGUGUGGAUGUGUCUGGUGCGGAUGCGUCAGGAGGGCCGCGCGGGCAAAUACAUGUGUCGCUACAUCGUGCACUCCAUGUGGGAGGACGUGGAGCAGCGCAGCAAAAUCAUGGGGAUCGACGCCAUCCAUCGAAAAGAAGCCCUCAAAGCCAUGACCGAGACAUUCUACGCCGCCUUGUUUGGAUACGACGAGGGCAUCCUGUCGGGUGACGGCAUCCUGGCGGCCGCUCUGUGGAGAAACUUGUUCAACUGCCAGUGUGACGACCCCGCCCAGUUGGAGCUCAUGGUGGAGUACGUGCGCAAACAGAUGCAGUUCAUCGACACACUGGACGGCGAAGACCUGCUCCUGACUGGCGAAGUCAAAUGGCGCCCUCUACUGGAGGAGAAUGCUCAGAGCAUCCUGAAAGUGGCCACGCCUACGUAUAAUGACGCCGGACUGUGACUUCCUGUCUCCUGCGUCACCUUGUAGAUGUCACGUUUCCGGUAUACGCUGCCGGCCACACGGGGGCGCCAUUGCACUUACAAGAAGUGACCAUCGUUCUGAUGUCCUUUUAGUCUCGCGUAUCAGACGUAUUUUUCUACCCGAGUUGAGCAUUUUUCCACAUUUUGUCUUUCCGACCCUUCCUGAGGAACGUGUGUGCGUCAAGUCAAAUAAAAAGUCUAAAUGCCAAUUGACUGCUCGUUCUACAGUUGCCACGGAAACCAGCCGCCGACGAGUCGUGUUCUGUCCGCCUCGUUUGGAAGUCGUCAGACGGGUUUGCUUAUUUGGGCGGCGGGUGACCUGCAGCCCGUCCUGGACGCAUUGGGGCGAGAAGCGGUAUACACCCUGGACCGGUCGCCAGCCAAUCACAGUCAGAAAACAACUUGCUUGCUGGGUACAUUUGGGCCAUCCAAUCCGUUCCGUCAAUUGGGGGGGUUGUAAACUCGACAAACAUCAAAGGUUCACGACUUGUUCAAGAUGUCACGUGCGUCAGUAGCGGCGUCAUUGUCACGGUUGAUCUAGCCGUAAUUGACGUGAAAAAUAGUGUGUGGGGACAAAGGGUGUGUUCCAUUUUUGGC